AUGGAGUGGAAAAAGACAAAUACGACUUACAAGAUCCUCUCGGAUGCCGAGAAGGGCGGCUACGGCGUCGUCGCCCCCAUCGCUUACAAUAUUGAGUGUAUCCUGGCCUUUAUCCGGGCUGCCGAGGCAAAGAAAGCACCACUUAUCCUGCAAGUCUUUCCAUGGGCCAUUACCUACAGCAAUGGACUCCUGAUCCACGCCGCCGCAAAGGCUGCCCGCGAGGCCUCGGUGCCAGUGGCCAUCCACCUCGACCACGCCCAGGAUGAGAAGCUGAUCCGGCACGCGGCCGCCAACCUGCCAUUCGACUCCAUUAUGGUCGACAUGAGCCAUUACGAAAUGGAGGAGAACCUGGCCAAGACGCGCGAGCUGGUCGCGUACUGCAACGAGCACAAGAUCUGCACCGAGGCCGAGCCGGGCCGGAUCGAGGGCGGCGAGGACGGCAUCGCCGACACGGCCGACCUCGAGGGCGCCCUGACCACGGAGGACCAGGUCGAGGACUUUAUCGCGACGGGCAUUGACUUUCUGGCGCCGGCGUUUGGCAACGUGCACGGCGAGUACGGCACCCGGGGCCCGGUCCUCGAGUACGACCGGCUGGCCAUGAUCCGGGCCAAGGCAGCGGACCGGGUGCGCAUCGUGCUGCACGGCACAAACGAUUUCCCCGAGGACGUCAUGCAGAGCUGCAUCCGGGGCGGCUGCAGCAAGAUCAACGUCAACAAGCUGGUCCUGGACGACUACCUCAAAUACAUCAAAGAAAAGGCUGCCACCACGAGCCUCACGACCCUGAUGGAGGAUGGCACAAAGGAGAUUCAAAAGCUCAUGGAGUGGCAGAUGGAUGUGACGGGGUCCACUGGCAAAGCAGCUUAG